CCGUUUUUAUAAAACACAUGUAGAAACAAUUUCUGAUAACCAUUUGCUCUCUUUCCUCCAAUCAGUUGAAAGCAACUGUUUGAAUGUUUUAGGUGACAAUGAUAAUAAUACAGGUGUUGUGUCUUCAAAAGCAGAUUUGAUUGAAUUGACAAUGCAGUUAAAUUUGAUCGCCAGCAUUCUCCUGGUGUGUAAUUUUGUUGAAGCUUUAAAUGUCAAAGUAGUAGAACUAUCUUAUGAGCUUGGACCAGAAACAUUGUUCUACCCAGGAAGUCCACCAUUUGUCUUAACUAUCCUACGUCGCGGUAACACUGGGGCAUAUUGGUUUGAGCUAAACAAAUUCGAAGCAGGAGAGCACGGUGGGACUCAUCUGGAUGCACCAUCCCAUUUUGCCGAGGGUAAAUUGAGAAUGCAUGAAAUUCCAAUGGACAAAUUAAUAGGACCCGGUGUCAUAAAUUGACGUUAAGGUAGGGGU